AUGAAAAGUUUGGAACAAUCUGACCCUGGAAUAUGGAACGCUUUCAUGAAUGGAGAAUUUUCAGUGAAACAGAACUUGAUUCCGUUCACAUCGAUUGGAAUGGAUCAUGCCGGUGAACAGGAGAAUAAAAUUAUGAAGGUAGAAGGUGGUUUGAUUGGAAUUUCCAACAACGAAAAUGAGCGAACACGAUACUUUCUGGUAGCUCCAAUCCUUGCCAAUAUUUCAAAGGGAUAUUUAAACAACUUGUCAUUGCAAUCGUGUCACUCUUCAGCAUGCCAUCAGAAUAAUGCAUCUUUUAAGAGACGUCAAACUGAUAUAUUACGAAAGUUCGAAAACACAGAUAUUUUUUCAUUUCCACCAUGUUCUACCAAUACUUACAACAUAAUGACAAAAACUGUUCUAUCUGACAAAGCUAGUUCAGAACUAGUAGCGGUAGAAGAUAAAGGACCAAGUCUUUAUUCAGAUUUUAUCAAGAAUCGUUUAGGUGAAGAUGCUUCACAAUCAAUUUGGGAUUCAUUGCAGAAAGUAAAUAUUCCAACUUUUGGGAAACACGGAAAAAUUGGCACUCACAAACUUAAGGACAACAUUAUUGAGUUGAAGGAACAUCGUGGAUUAUUUCCAAGAUGUGCAAUAGUGGAUUUCCAAAUGGCUGAUUGGAGUUUAUUACAAAGUGUAACAUCAUCUAACACAUUUUGUACUGGAGACAAUGUUAAUGUGUGUUUGGCUAUAUUAUCACAGGAGUUACAAGUUCAAGGUUUUCCACCACUUCCAAUAAAUAGUGGAGGUGAUAUUAAUAUAGUUCCACUUAUCAAUGCAUUGCGUGAGAUACUUUCAAGAUACCAAAAGGAAAGAUGUGGACGAGAUGAACUUGAAAAUAGACAUCACAGAUUAUCAGGUGAUUUAGAACAUCAGAAAGGUUCAGUGACUAGGUUAAAACGACAGUUAGAACAGUUAGAUAAAGAGGCAUCAGAGGAAAGCGAAAAGAAACGACAGAUUACCAAUAAAUGUAAACUUCAAUCAGCUAAAUUAAAGACAGAAAAAGAAGAGGUCAAAAGAUUAAAUCUAGUUCUGAAAAGUAGGGAUAUGAAGUAUAAACAUGAACUAAAGAAAAAAGAACAAGAGCUAGCUAAAUUAAAAGAUAGGCUACAUCAGUUAUUAAAUGAUAAGAAUUGUGAAAGGACUACAGGUUUAGAACUAAUCAAUGUUAUACAGAGACCAGAUGGAAAGAGAGGUACCUGGAAUACUAGAGUAGGAGGAAAACAGGAAGAAGAAAUGUAUCAGGGUAUGUUAACCACCUAUGAAGAAAGACAUCAAGAAUUAUUGUGUGAAAAUUCGCAGCUACGUGACUGUUUAUAUUCUAUGCAGAAAAACUUGGCAGCAAUAGUAAAUAGACCUGAUUUGUCUGUAGCAGAUAUUUCACCAUUUAAAAUACAUAGAUCAACUAGUAAUCAAUCUAUUGGUACAGAUGAUGAUGAUGAUGUAGAUAUAAAAAAUCAGUUAAAUAUUGAUGAUGUUACAGAUAAUGGAUAUUAUCAACUUCCAUUAGAAACUAUACAGAAAAACAUUGAGAAGAAUUUUCAAGAUACUUGUGAAAAAAUAAAGAAGACAUUGUGUCGACAGAAAGACAAUUUGAAUGGUACUAAUUGUAAACCAGCAGCAUCUAAACAGUUAAUGUUAACAGACGUUAAUACCACAGUAGUAACUACUAAUGGAUAUCCACCAGUAUCAUCUACUAUGUCACCAGUCACUCCCCACCCACAGCCUCCUGAUCAAUUUGUAUAUAUGUCUCAUUUACAACAUCAGGUCUCAGCUUAUAGAGAUAUCAUACAGAAACAAGAAGAAUUGUUACAUUUACAGGUAAAAUCCAGGGAGCAAGAAAAUAUAGAAAGACAACAGAAAUUAAUUGAUAGAGAAAAAAGUGAGAUAGAAGAGAAAAGAAUUCAGUAUUCUCUAGCUUCUGCUGAAUUAGAUCGUCAGAGACAGAGAUUGGAAGAGGAAAAAUAUGUUAUGUUACAACAGGAAUUUUUAUGUUUAUCUCCCUUUAAAGAUGAGAAAAUUUCUCCUUUUAAAGCGGAGACACCUCGAUACAUUUCUCCUGAAAUAGUGCCUGAAGCUCCUCAUGUCCGCCUAUUACCAGCUACCCCCGUAUAUUCUCCAGCCAGAAUACCCAAUAACCAUAAACAUUCCACAGAUAUGUUACGAGCUAGAAUUUCUCAUAUGUUCAGUUCAGGUGAACAGAGUGGUGAUAAAAAGAAGAAAUGUAAAAGUCGUGAGUCAUCAUCAUCUUUACAAUCAUUACAAUCAUUAUCAUCAUCCGAUACAUCUAUAUUAAACUCUGAUACAUCGAUACAGAAUCUCACAUUAGAUCAACUAGAUCAACUAAAACAGACUCUACUUAUCAAAUCAUUAUCCAGAACUUCGAAAUCAGACAAGUAA